UUAACAUUGAUAUUUUCAAUUUUCAUGUUCAUCGUGUUUAAAUUGUUUAAUUUUAUUUUUUUACCUCACAAAAGAAUUCCAUUUCGAUACAUAGGAAGUUGAUAUUUGAUUAGUCAUAAAUUUAUAAGAUAAUAAUUACUUAUUAAUGUGGUCAUUAUAACUUAAUAAUUUUCUGAGAUUGAAAUUGGUUGUUCUAUGUUACGUUAAUCGUUGUUGGAUCAUCAUAGGCUGAUAAAAAAAUCAUUUUUCAAUAUGGGAAUGUUAUUUGGAAAACCCAAAGUCUCUCGUAUUACCGACCACGAUCGAGCAGUUCUGCAAAUGAAACAGCAAAGAGAUACCUUAAAACGAUACCAACAGAGAGUUGAAAAAUUACUAGAAAGCGAAAGAGAACUCGCUAAAAGACUACUGUCCGAAAACAAAAAAGAUAAAGCAAAACUUUUGUUGAGAAAAAAAAAAUACCAAACUGAGCAAUUAGAGCGUACUGAAGCGUCUUUGAAUACUAUUGAAAAAUUAAUACAAGAUUUAGAAUACACCCAAAUAGAAGCCAAAGUUAUUGAAGGUCUUAAGGUUGGAAAUAUAGCCCUUAAAAAAGCAAAUGAAUUAUUUAAUAUUGAACAUAUUGAGCAACUUUUGGAUGAAACUAAAGAAGGAAUUGAUAAACAAAAAGAAAUAACUGAUUUACUCAGUGGAGUCUUAUCAUCUGAGGAUGAAGAAGCAGUUGAAGCUGAAUUAAAUGAAUUAAUUACUGUAGAACACGAAAAAGCUAUGGAUAUGUUACCAACUGUACCAUCAGAUGAAUUACCAAUAACUAUUCCAGAAACUAAAGAGAAAGAAAAAUUACCUACCAAGAAGAUUGCGUUAGAAGCUCAAUAAAAUUCAUUAUAUUCGGCAUUAAAAUUUUACCGAACAAAAGUCGACUCAACAGUUUUAACAUAUUAAAAAUUUUAUUGUCUGUUAUUGUGUGUAAUAUUAAAAACUUAUAU